AUGAUCAAACCCGAAGAAAGAUUCUUCAGCGAUGGUGGGGGUUACUUUGGCGCGGCAGAAAACCCCAAUACCGAAGCUUUUCUGAACGUCUGGGAUUGGGAUCAACUGCGCAUGGUUAAGCUCAAAGGGACCGCUAAGAUCUUCCCACCUGAUGAGGGCCACGAGAUACAAAUUUUGGCGCAAUUCGCCGACUACCUAUCUCCGGAAGUUCGCGCAGUUACCCUUGACGAUGACGGGCUCAUUACUGGAGUCUCCACAGAUCCGGACGAGGAUGAAACUAUCUUUGUCCCAUAUUUUCCCUUCGCGACGGUCCCAUCGCUCGCCGAUUGCCGUAUAAUCCAGUACUCCAAACUUCAAGAGCUCGAUCGGUUAGGACCAGGUGUUGAUCUCUCAUCCUACAAAGAUGAAUCCGGGAAUCCUCAAACAGUUGCCUUCGAAUUCAAUUCCUGGUGGAAGCCUGUGAGAAUGCAGAUGGCCUGGGAUGAACUACACCUUCUGAAAAGCCUCCCUCCGCAUCCCAAUCUACUACGACUUGAUCGCGUUGUCCUCGAAGAUGUGGAGUCUCGUGUGAUUGGAUUUACAACAAAGUACAUCCCAGGUGGAACUCUCGACAUUCAAAAUAUUCCUUUCCGAUUCGAGUGGCUACAACAACUUACCCAAGUUGUGGAUUUUCUCAACCUGGAACUAGGAAUUAUGCAUCAAGACAUUGCACUCCGAAAUCUGCUUAUCGAUCCAGACACACACAAGCUCGUUCUCUUCGACUUUAACUUCGCUGCACGCGGAAAGGAUAGGUUGAUAGACGGUCGGGACGACGUGUCUGGCGUUGUAUUCGCACUAUACGAGCUCAUCACGAACGAUACACACUUCACGAGCAUCCCCUCCGUGGGAUCGAAAUAUAGACAUGAUCCGAUGGGGGAUAUGGAACGAUAUCUCAAUGCACCGAACCAGCUUACAUGGCCGGACUUACCAACGCCGCUCGAAUACAAUGUCCCCUACGAAGUAGGAAAAACCUUGGAUGGAGAGCCUAAUCUGGUAACGGGCGUGCGGACGCGACGUGUUGCAAUGGAGCUGGGGCAGUAUUGCUUUCACUGGGAGAGGCCACGGCAGAGCAGGCUGUUGAAGAAGAUGAAGGAGGCUGAAAAUUCUAUGUAGUAAUCGAUGUAUAAAGGACAGCUUUCAAUUACACCAAUCCAAGG